CACAGAUGGGUGACAGAGCGGUUUGUUUUUGUUAGCUUGGUGGCUAAUCUUGGGCUGCAUAGCAGGCUUAUAACACCAGACCUGUGCUAACGCCAGUUUAAUAACUUAGUGACGAAUCGGAAAAGCUGCUUUUAGACACUUUAUAUAUUAAUAGACAUAAAAGGGAACUGCAGUGUGAAUUUGAGCUUCAGUCAUGGUGUGCAUCCCUUGCAUUGUCAUCCCCGUCCUCCUGUGGGUUUACAAACGCUUCCUGGAGCCCAUCAUCUACCCGUUCAUCUCUCCAUUCAUCAGCCGGUUCUGGACCAAACCGGCGGUGCAGGAGACGGGAACGAAUGACACAAAGACCAACCAAACAAACCAUCCAAUCAAGAACGAAUGCAAUGGAAAUGCAGACUUGUGUAACGGGACGACGGCAGUCUCGGACAAAAAGAAGGACUGACAUUAUACGCGCCCGUGUGAAUGUCUAUCGUGUUUUAUAUAACACGCUGUAGAUACUUUGAACGUAAAUCAUGCUGUCAUGAUCUGACAUUAUUAUGUUACACAAACUUAAUUCAGUCUCAUUUAGAAUUUCCUUUCAUAGAAUAAUUGUAAUAUAAUUGAAUUUAAUAUAUUGACUUAUUACAUUGCUUACUCUUUCAUUCCCAGAAGAUUUCAGACCAGAGUCGAAGGACUGAUUUGAUAUGUUUCCAGAGUGGUUUUGGACUCUGUAAAGAGAAAUAAAUAUUUACAUUUAACAGCU